AACAAAAAUUUCUAAAAAUUCCUGCAAAAUGGCCAAGCAAAUCUUACGCCACCACCGUUCUCUCAUCACAGCCUUACUUCCCCGCCGGCUACUCUCAACCACCACCGUAGCUCCACCUCAGACCUCCACCCCCACACCCAGAACUCCACUAGUAAAACAAUUCGAAACAUGGGUCGAAACCCUAAAACCCGGAUUCACCCAUCACGACGUCGUACAAGCCUUACGUUCUCAAUCAGACCCAGAUUUAGCUUUCGAUAUCUUCCGCUGGACCGGCCAACAACGUAAUUACAAACACAACAGCAACACUUACUUAACCAUGAUUCAAAUAUCUGUUUCCAACAAACGAUACAAUCACGCCGAAACCUUAGUUGAAGAAAUACUCGCGGGCGCGUGUCCAGACACCACGCGCCCCCUGUUCAAUUCAGUCAUUAAGUUCUGUUGUGGCCGUAAGUUUCUUUUUAACCGUGCAUUUGAUGUCUAUAAGAAAAUGUUGACUAGUGUAGACUCGAAACCUGAUUUAGAGACUUAUAAAAUGUUGUUAGAUUCGUUACUUAGACGGUUCAAUAAUGUGAAUGUAUGUUAUGUUUAUUUACGCGGCGUAAAAUCGUUGCAUAAACAAAUGAAGGCGUGUGGUGUGGCGCCGGAUACUUUUGCUUUGAAUAUGAUAAUUAAAGCACACGCCAAAUGUGGUGAGGUUGAUAAAGCGGUUAGUGUUUUCUGUGAGAUGGGGUUGUAUAGGAACGAGCCGAAUUUGUAUAGUUAUUGUUAUUUGAUUCAUGGGUUGUGUGAGAAAGGGAGAGUGGAAGAAGGGUUGGGGUUUUAUAAGGAAAUGAGAGGGAAAGGGUUGGUGCCGAAAGGGAGUAGUUUUAUGAUUUUGAUUUGUAGUCUUGCGAUGGAUCAGAAGUUUGAGGAGGCGGUUGAGGUUGUUUUUGAUAUGGUGAGGGAGUCGAUGUCGCCUGAUUUGUUGACAUAUAGGACGUUACUUGAAGGGUUGUGUAGGGAAGGUAGGGUUGAUGAUGCGUUUGAUGUUCUUGAAGAGUUUAGGAAGAAAGAUAGUUUUAUGAAUGAGAAGACGUAUAAGAGUUUGCUUAAUGGGCUGCAUUAUGCGAGCUAGUUAAGAUCGAUUGGGUAAAUUUGCAUUGAGAGGCGGGAGUUGAAUAUAGCUUUAUACCCGGUGUUUAUCAAACCUGAUUGGUUGAGUAUGUUGACUGUUAUGGUCAGUGCUGCCGACAUUUGUUCAAGUGUUAUGAGUUGAAUCUUUGGAGCACAUAACAAUUGAAACUCUGGGUAAUAGGGCUGAAUUUGCUUAUGGGCGACGGAUCAUCUGUAUUUUUAUUUGUGCUUCAGUGCACCUGAAAGAGAAUAUAGGGGACUAGCAUUAUGGGCUACGGAUAAACUUCAUAUUUAAGUUGGAACAUUGUAUUUUGAAGGCAUACUUCAAUUGUUAAGCAGAAAAUUUCUUUCUUUAGCAUACUUGUUGAUCUGUCUAACACUGCAGUUGGAUAUUAAAUCAUGAGCAGAUGCUUGUAACUUUGUAAGUUGAUGUUUUUGCAUGUUGAGAAUAAAUAUAAUAGAAUUGCGCAAA